CCCUGUCGUACUGUACAACUUUAAUUACAUCAGAGCUCCUGUCACCAAUUGAUCCGUUCAAAUCUGGGACUGUCACCGUGGUACUCGCGUAACGUCUCGCGGUACUCAGACAUCUCACAAGUCAACAGCAGACUCGUCCUCGUCAUUUCCGAACGGUCCGUAGACGUCCCAGUGGGCGCCUGCCCUGGUUGCAAGAAGCUCACAGAGGACAGACCGGACUCUAAUCGACAAGAAUAAAAACAAAGCCAUGGCGACCUCUUCGCUUCCCUACCGCCGUCAGUCCUCGCGGCAGAUGUCGAGAGACCCCAGAGAUGAGAUCCAGGUCCAGAUGGAUUACUACAUCGGUAUCGACGUUGGAACAGGCAGUGCCCGUGCCUGUAUCAUCAACAACAAGGGUGAUAUCGUCGGAUUGGCCUCUGAGAAUAUUGGCCUCUGGCAGCCGCAGACUGGCUACUAUGAACAAUCCACAUCGGAUAUCUGGCGAUGCAUCUGUGUCUCCGUGCAGCGUGCCAUUGACCAGCACAACAUUGACCCAACUCACGUCCGCGGUAUUGGUUUCGACGCCACUUGCUCGCUGGCCGUCUUCGCGGAGGACACCGAUGAGCCCGUCUCUGUGACCGGCCCCAAGUUCGAUACAGACCGUAACGUCAUCCUGUGGCUGGACCACCGUCCUGUCGAGGAAACCGAGAAGAUCAAUGCUACGAACCACAACCUACUCCGCUAUGUCGGAGGCAAGAUGUCCAUCGAGAUGGAGAUUCCCAAGGUACUGUGGUUGAAGAACCACAUGCCCAAGGAGCUCUUUGACCGCUGCAAGUUCUACGACCUGGCGGAUGCCCUGACACACAUUGCCACGGGCACGGAAAAGAGAAGCUUCUGCAGCGUUGUCUGCAAGCAGGGUUAUGUCCCCGUCGGUGUCGACGGCAGUGUCAAGGGCUGGCAGGAAGACUUCCUCCGAGAAAUCGGUCUGGAGGACCUAGUUGAGGAUGAUUUCAAGCGCAUGGGCGGCGUCCAGGGGGUGAAGAAUGGUGAAUACCUCAGUGCAGGAGAACUGGUCGGCACGCUGUGCGAGAAGGCCGCCAACGAACUCGGCCUGCCGCCGGGUAUUGCCAUCGGCAGCGGUGUGAUCGAUGCCUAUGCCGGUUGGAUCGGUACUGUCGGCGCCAAGGUCAGCCUGGACGAGGAACAGUUGGCGGCCGAUGUUGCGAAAAACGACCGGACGCAGGCGUUCGGCCGUCUGGCUGCCGUUGCAGGAACGUCGACAUGUCAUUUGGCCAUGUCUCCGAACCCGGUCUUUGUCCCAGGAGUCUGGGGUCCGUACAAGGACACUAUCAUUCCCGGAUAUUGGAUGGCUGAAGGUGGACAGUCUGCUACGGGUGAACUGCUGAAGCACGUUAUCGAGACGCACCCGGCAUUCAACCAGGCCAUUUCGAUCGCCGAAUCGUAUCAUACGAACAUUUACGACUAUCUGAACGAGCACCUGAAGGAGAUGAUGCAUGAGCAGAACGCCCCAAGCAUCUCGUAUCUGGGCCGACAUAUCUUCUUCUACGGUGACCUGUGGGGUAACCGCUCUCCCAUCGCGGAUCCGCGCAUGUCAGGCUCCAUCGUCGGUCUGUCCGCUGAUAAGUCGAUCGACGGACUUGCGUUGUACUACUACGCGACGCUAGAAUUCAUCGCUUUGCAGACGAAGCAGAUCAUCGAGGAGAUGAACAAGGCCGGUCAUGUCCUCACCUCCAUCUUCAUGUCCGGAUCUCAAUGCCAGAACGACAUCCUGGUCAAGCUGAUUGCCUCCGCAUGUGAGAUGCCCGUUCUGAUCCCCCGUUAUGUUCACGCCGCCGUGUGCCAUGGUGCUGCCAUGCUGGGCGCCAAGGCAGCCAGCGCAGACCCCGAGGGCAAGACGGAAGAUCUGUGGUCCAUCAUGGACCGGAUGAGCAAGCCCGGCAAGAAAGUCGAUCCCACCACGGAUGAGCGCGAGAAGGCGCUGCUGAAGGUCAAAUAUGAAGUGUUCCUGGAGCAAUGCUACAGGCAGCGAGAAUUCCGCAGCAAGGUGGACGAAGUCUUCAAAGAAACGAAAUAAACGAAUGCAGAAAUACGUCACGGUUAGUAUUAUGGAUCAGGAUAACCAGUAUAAUGAAUGCAUCAUGAAGCGGAUAAUAGCCGACAGUACAUAUAUAGUAUAGUCAUAGUAUAAUAGUUAACUAGUGGGGAAAUGUUAUUUCGGGGGUUGAUAUGCAA